GAACUAAGAAAUGAUUUGCAGUCUUCAAUUUAUGAAGAUGUAAAUCAAAAGAAAGUCAUUUUUAUUGACCUACCAACCAGUCAUUCAAAUCACAUCAUUGGAAUGGCUGCAGAAUUGAAAAGCCCUAUUGAUGAAAGAGUGUUGAAGAAAUUGAGGAGUCUUGUCAAUGAGGGGAUUCAAAAUCCAAAGGAGAUGCAAAGACAUCUGAAAAUCCUCGUUAAGGGUAUAUUUGUUGAUAGGGAAAUGCCACGUAUCAUCAACAGAAGGUUUUUUCCAAGCAAAGAAGACAUCAGAAAGCUAAUUUACCAACAAAGACGUAAAAGUGUACACAGUCUGAUUGAUCAGGAAGACCUUGCUGAAAAAAUUCGUGUAUGGAAAGAUGAAAGGCCAGAUGAUUCUUGGACUCUCCGUCUGUCUUCAUUCGUGAAAAGACCCCUGAAUGAAGAUGAAGAAGAUGAAGAUGUGGAUCAUUGCAUGACAACUGAUGACGAAAGAUUUCUUGUCGUCUAUCAGUCAGCAUGGCAAAGACGGCUUCUCCAAAGAUACGGCAAGGAGCUUGUUUAUGUAGAUGCCACCUAUCGCACAACUAAAUAUGCCUUGCCACUCUUUUUUGUCUGUGUACAAACGAACUGCGGAUACAGCGUAGUUGCCUCAUUUGUUCUGGAAAAAGAAGACUCCACCUCCAUUGCAGAAGCGCUGAGAAUUAUCCAAGAGAACAAUCUUCAGUGGACAUGUGGAAGUUAUAUGAUUGACUUUUCAGAAGUUGAAGCUAAUGCCAUAUCCAGAGUUUUUCCAGAGGCGAACAUUUUCAUCUGUGACUUUCAUCGAAAGCAGGCCUGGUUAAGAUGGACAACAGCUUCUAAACAUGAUGUAACAAGCCAGGAGGAAACUUUACACUUGCUUAAUAUGGUUGCAGAGUCAUGUUCUAUAGAAGAGUACAAUGACAACCUGAAGAAACUUCAGAACAGUGAAGCAUGGAGGAAUAACCUGAAGUUGCAACAGUACAUUCAGAAUCAAUGGCUAGCUAAUGAUAAACAUAAA